CAGAAUCCCACGCACAGCGCAGCGAGGAGGGACAAACGCGCUUCACUCAAUCUUCCUGAAUUGGUACCGAACGUGUUAAGUACGCCUCGACGCAGGACGCCUAUUACUACUUCGCCGGACUAAAACAUCAUUCGUGGACUCUUCGUGUCCGGUUGAACUCACGAACUCGUCUCGGUGCACAUGGACAUUUCUCGGCCUAGCUUAGCUUAGCUUAGCUCGCUAAAAUAAAGAGACGCGUUGGUGAUCAGCACAUCGCCGAGCAGAGAUCAAGUGUGAAUGGAAAUCGCUGUGAUCGCCGUGUGAAAAUGUGUGCAAGGAGGACAGCAGAGUACGAGGAGGAACUUCGGGGACCAAAAGAGCCACAAAGUCAACGACUGGACCCUGUUUGCAAGCGGCAGCCUCGCAAUGUGUCACGCAGAGGAGGCGACAGUAAACAUCUUGGUCCUGAGCGAUGGGAGCAAGAGCACCAUCACAUUAAAGAGGAAGAGGAGAAUGAUAAGGACUACCACAUGAAAGAGGAAGUGGAGCUGCAGUCCUCUUCCAUUAAAAAAGAGGAGGAGGAAGAGGAUAUUACCAAGUUGCCAACGACUGGUGUCCUUUUGAAGAGUGAAGAUAAAGGUGGUGCAAGUGAGGACAACACAGGGGUGGAGCCUCCAAGCAGCAGCUCAAGUCAACACAUGAAAACAGAAGGUGAUGGAGACCACUGUGAAGGGUCACACGCAGAUGGCCUGCUAGCUCCACUUUCAGAUAGUGAUUACACAACAUCACACACUUCUGACUGUGAUGAUGAAGGUCAAAAGGCAGGUCACACUGAUAAGAAAGACUGGAAAUGUUCACAGUGUGGGAAAGCUUUUGCUUACAAGAGCAUUUUAAAACGACACAUGAGCGCGCACACUGGAGAGAAGCCUUUUUCCUGCUCAAUUUGUGGUCAAAGAUUCUCUCAGAAGGGAUUCGUAACAAGACACAAAAGAACCCACACUGGGGAGAAACCUUUUGCCUGCUCAGUUUGUGGUCAAACAUUUUCUGAGAAUGGAAGCUUAAGAAGACACACAAGAACACACACUGGGGAGAAACCUUUCACCUGCUUAGUUUGCGGCCAAACAUUUUCUGAGAGUGGAAGCUUAAGAAGGCACACAAAAACUCAUACUGGAGAGAAACCGUUUGCCUGCUCAGUUUGUGGAAAAAGAUUCUCUCGAAAGGGACAUUUAGUAUCACACACAAGAACACACACUGGUGAGAAACCUUUUGCCUGCUCAGUAUGUGGCCAAGGAUUCUCUCACAAGGGACACUUAAAAAUGCAUACAAGAACCCACACUGGAGAAAAACAUUUUGCCUGCUCAGUUUGUGACAAAAGAUUCUCUGAGACUGGACUCUUAAGAAGACACACAAGAACCCACACUGGGGUGAAACCUUUCUCCUGCUCAGUUUGUGGUCAAACAUUCUCUGAGAAUGGAAGCUUAAAAAGACACAUUAGAAGCCACACUGGGGAGAAACCGUUCGCCUGCUCAUUUUGUGGUCAAACAUUCUCUGAGAAUGGAAGCUUAAAAAGACACUUGAGAACCCACACUGGGGAGAAACCUUUCGCCUGCUCAGUUUGUGAUCAAACAUUUUCUGAGAAUGAAAAUUUAAGGAGGCACACACGAACACACACUGGGGAGAAACCGUUUGCUUGCUCAGAUUGCAGUAAACGAUUCUUUCUGAAGCAACAUGUGAAGAGACACAAGUGUGUUGGUGUGAGUAGUAGUGAUCAAUUAAAGUUUCCCCUCUCAUCCGAAGCGGCUUCAUGCACCAAGGCUAGAUAAGACACCUCUAGCCCAAUUCAUGUGCGAUGUCUGCGAAGAAAACCAGAACAGUUCAGUUGCGACCGAUCAUCAUUGCCCUGAGAAUGGAAUGAACUGAAUGAAUGACAAUAUGCACAGGCAUGGAUGCUUAACCUUGAUAUUUGACUUGAAAUCUGCAUUCUUGGUUACUAUGUACCGUUUUAAGAGAAACAUUUUUGAAAAUUAGCACUUGUGCUGAAAUAAAUCUGCUUUUUCCAUUAUUUUGAGAUGUGCGUUUAAAAAAAGUCAACUAUUGAUGGAAAUAGACUAAGGAAACCGUGACUGUAAGACGGUAAGAGAAAAUUGCAUUUGUGAUCGUGAACGAAAUGGAAACUUAUUUUAUGCAAUGGAGGAUAUAACUAUAUAGAAUGGCACCGUUUCUUGUCUAUGUACUUGUAUUUGCUUUUAUUUUGCUUUGUCUUACUCUGCUUUCCGCUGCCAUGUCAACGUUGCGAAUGAGAUUCUGUUCUCAGUU